CAACGUUCCUGCAACUCUCACAUGUCGCCUAGCCAUGUAUACCAGCCAUGGAGAAUCCGACUACAACAGCAGUUGUUCUUCGAUCACGACCCAUGAUUCCGGCCACAGAUCGAUCAGCGACGUUAGUUUUGGGAGCUCAAGUUCUCUCUCCACAUGUUCAUAUGGAGAAAGCAGCAUCACAUCUUGUAGUCACAGGCCACACAAGGCGCACCACCCGGCCUGGGAGGCCAUAAGGUCCGUCCGAAGUGAGAACGGCCACAUUGGUCUCCACCAUUUCCAGCUCUUGCGUCGCCUUGGAAGUGGCGACAUUGGAAAUGUAUACUUGUGUAGGCUUAAGAAUCCGACAUUAAGGCCGUCCGGGUGCAUGUAUGCUAUGAAAGUGGUUGAUAGAGAAGCGCUCAUCAUAAGGAAGAAAUUACGGCGGGCCGAGAUGGAGAAGGAGAUAUUAGGGAUGCUCGACCACCCAUUCCUUCCGACGCUUUAUGCCCAUUUCGACGCGUCCCACUACUCGUGCCUUGUCAUGGAGUUCUGUAGUGGUGGUGACCUGCACACCGUGCGGCAACGCCAGCCUCACAAGCGAUUUAAUGUUUCUUCUGUUAAGUUUUAUGCUGCGGAGAUACUCUUAGCUCUGGAGUACUUGCACAUGAUGGGGGUGAUUUACCGGGACCUGAAGCCGGAGAACGUUCUCCUCCGAGAAGAUGGCCACAUCAUGCUCACUGACUUUGAUCUCUCCCUCAAAUGCGACGUUGUCCCUAAGCUCGUCAAAACCCGGCCCGACUUUGGGAUUACUACUGCAAACAACAUGAAGAAGCGUUCAACUGCUUCAUGUGUGCCGCCCAUGCAACCAGUGCUCUCGUGUUUCUCAACGUCGAAAGACGCUGCGAGGAGUCAUGAGAAGACACCCACAAUGACAACCACUUCAAUGAAGAUUGAAUUGCAGGAGCUAAACCCCGAGUUGGUGGCUGAACCUAUCGACGCUCAAGCAAGGUCCUUUGUGGGCACACACGAGUACCUUGCGCCGGAGGUUAUCGUGGGGUCCGGUCAUGGGAGCGCUGUUGAUUGGUGGACAUUUGGGUUGUUGUUGUUUGAGCUUGUGUAUGGGAGAACACCAUUCAAAGGCCAAACCAAUGAUAAGACACUCAUGAACAUUAUGAAGAAGCCUUUGAAUUUCCCUUGGAUUGAAACUAGUAGUAGUAGGGAUUUAGAAGAGUUGGUGAAGAUUCAAGAUCUUAUAAAGAGACUCUUAGUGAAGAAUCCCAAGAGGAGGAUUGGGAGCUUGAUGGGGUCUGUUGAAAUUAAGAGGCAUGAGUUCUUUAAAGGUGUGAAUUGGGCUUUGAUUAGGACUGUGAGACCUCCUGAGGUUCCUAAAGACAUAGAGAAGGUUCGGAAGAGAGCUGUUGGUACUACUACAGAGCUAUACAAGAAAGAUAACGAUGCCACAUACCACAUUCCUCAGCAUUUUGCCUAUUUCUAGGACUGUAGAUAAGGUGGGAAAAAAAUAAUCAUGUGAUGACCCUAAAAAGGAAGUGAUCUAACUAGGAAAUUGCUAUUGCUAUAUGUUUCUCGAGGGCGGGCCUGUUCAUUGGAUGGUCCGGAUGUAUCCGAGGUGCGCCUACCUCACUGACAGCCGCAUUAUGGCAUUGGUGGGCUCCACAAGAUAGAUGUUGAAGUAGUACUACUAGAUUUUAAAAGCUUACUACGGAGUAUUUUGUUGAUUUA